CGCAGCUCGCUGGCGGCCGCGCCGCCCGGCCGCGCCCAUGCAGGCCAUCAAGUGCGUGGUGGUCGGCGACGGCGCCGUGGGCAAGACCUGCCUGCUCAUCAGCUACACGACCAACGCCUUCCCCGGCGAGUACAUCCCCACCGUGUUCGACAACUACUCCGCCAACGUGAUGGUGGACGGGAAGCCGGUCAACCUGGGGCUGUGGGACACCGCCGGGCAGGAGGACUACGACCGCCUGCGCCCCUUGUCUUACCCCCAAACCGACGUCUUCCUGAUCUGCUUCUCCCUGGUGAGCCCCGCCUCCUUUGAGAACGUCCGCGCCAAGUGGUACCCAGAGGUGCGGCACCACUGCCCGCACACGCCCAUCCUCCUGGUGGGCACCAAGCUGGACCUCCGCGACGACAAGGACACCAUCGAGCGGCUGCGGGACAAGAAGCUGGCCCCCAUCACCUACCCCCAGGGGCUGGCCAUGGCCCGAGAGAUCGGCUCCGUCAAGUACCUGGAAUGCUCGGCCCUGACUCAGCGGGGCCUCAAGACGGUGUUCGACGAGGCCAUCCGGGCCGUGCUCUGCCCACCGCCCGUGAGGAAGCCGGGCAAGAAGUGCACCGUCUUCUAGGGGAGAGGCCGCCGCUGCCUGGGGCGCCCGAGGAGGGAGCAUGGGGCUCUGGGGUUGGAGGUCUUGUCUGUGGCCUCUUGUCCCACCCCGUGGGAGGCCAGGCGGGAGCAGGGUCUCCCUCAGGCCAUGGGGGCCAGCCCAGGGCAGCCCCCAGCUGGGCCUCCCUGAGGGGGCCCCUCUUGUUUUGUACAAUAAACUUCCUCCGCCAAGGUCUCCUCCUGGCUCAUGCAC